AUGGCUAAUUACAAUAAUAUUAUCAAGGCCAUUGAAACACUAAAUUCAUAUGAAAAAAAUGACAACACAAAUGUACCAGAUGAUAAAACAAAAAUAAAAACAGAAAAAAUGUCAUGUUGUACAACAAUUGCAAAUGGUAUAUGUUGUCAAACAGGAAAAGUAAUAAAAAAUUUUAGCCAAAUAUUGGGUAUAUCAAUAAGAACAUUAUUACAAUUAUGUGAUGAUGAUGAAUCAGAUGUUAGAAUGAUUGCUGAUGAAUGUUUAAAUAGAAUAAUAAAAUCAACAUGUGAUAAUUAUGCAUUAAAAAUACAAUUUGAAUUAUACAAUGAAAUACAUAAAAAUGGUAGAUCAAGAAUUUUAAGAUCAGCAUUAAAAAGAUUUGGUAUAUUAAGUCAUACAAUAAGACCAAUAAAAGGACAAGUUUAUAUAUCAAAUUUAAUACCAUGUAUUGUUGAAAUAUCAAAGAGACAAGAAGAAGAAAUAAUUGAUACAUUAUCACAAACAUUACCACUUAUUCUUGAUACACUUGGUCCAAUAAUGCGUGAUAAACAUGCAAAAUUAUUGCUAAAAUCAUUUUAUCCAAAUUUAUCAUCAUCACAAUCAAUAAUACGUAGAAAUUCAUCAAACAUGAUAUUAACAACAUGUUUACAUUGUCGUAAACCACGUAUUUAUUUAUUUUAUGCAUUACGAUAUUUAAUUGAUACAAUUAUUAAUUUAUCUGAUAUUAAUAAUGAUGAUAAUGAUGAUAAUAUAAAUCUUAUUGUUGGUAUAUUGGGUUGUUUAAAAAUUAUAAUACCACAUAUGGAUAAUGACAAACUUGAAAAUGAUCCAGAAACAGAUACAAUUGUUCAUCGACUUGAAUGUUUAUUACAAAUAUAUGAGCUAUGUUUAAAAUAUAUUCAAUGGCAUUCUCAUCAUAAUGUUGUUAAUGCUGCAUUAGAAACAUUAGCACAAUUAUUACGUUCACCAAAUGAAGAAUUAAUUAAUCAGCUGACUUCAAUUAAUGGACCAACUGGUGGUAGUAGAAUUUUAGCAUUUCAAAAAAAUUUUAAUACAUCACCUAGUACUAUUGUUGAUAAAAUUAUUAAACAAGAUGAUGAUGAUGAUGAUGAUGAUAAAUUAAAUAUUGGAACAUUUAAUGAUGAAGAUGUAUCAUUAAAAUAUUGCUGUAGAUAUAUUGCAUUGACAUUUCUUUUAACUGGUAAACCUGGUGAAUUAAUAGCUGAUAAAUUAUUUCGUGUAAGUGUUAAAUCAUUGUCAUUAAUUUGUCUUGCUAAUGCAAUAAGACUGUAUCCAAAUAUAUUAAUGGAAACACUUGAAAUAAUUAAUGAAGAAAAUAAAUUAAAUGAUAAUGAUAAACAAAUGAUGUGUGAUAUACUUUUAUAUGCAAAUCAUUCUGAUCCACAAUUACGUGGUAAUGUUUCAACAAUUAUUUCAUAUUUUUUAAAUGCAAUUUAUGUUCAGUAUGAAGGUUCUUAUUUGUGUUUAAAUGAAACUAUAAAAAUAGAUAAUUUAAUUGAGCUAUUAAUAAAAGGUUUAAAAGAUGAAUCAUCAUUAACAUGUCGUCAAACUUUAAUUUCAUUAAAUAGCUGUUCAACUUGUUUAUUAGAAUCUGAAGAAUAUAAAAAUGGACUGAAAUUAAUUAAUAAUUUACUUCCACUUGUUAAAAAUCAAUAUUUUCUUGUUAAAAUAAGUUUAAGUCAAGUUAUCAGUGAAUUACCAUUUACAACAAUUAAAUAUCUUGAUAAUAAUUUACAAUUUCAAAAUGAAGUACUUGAAAUUUUAAUGCAAUUAAUUGGUGAUCAAGAUCACAGAGUACGUAAUUCAGCAAGUGAAUCAAUUGUUAAAUUUGUUAAAACAUCAUUUAUUGAAAAAUAUAAAUAUCAUGACGAAAAUACUGAUAAUGAUAAUGAAAAUGACGAUGAAAUAUUAAAAAAAACAUCACAAUAUUUUGAUGAUUUUUUAAAUCAAAUAAUUAUGAUUAAUCCAUUAGAAACAAGAUUAUAUAAAAAUUUAGAUGAUGAUUUUUUUGUUAAUAGUCUUGUUGAGCCAUUUUUAAUGUUCUACACUUUACCUAAAAUAAAAUUUAGCCAACAAAAACAUCAACAACAACUUGAAAGUUGUCUAAAAAUUAUUGUAAAUUUAUUACAUGAUAAGCUAAUAAUAAAUCCAUCAAAAUAUCAAUAUUAUGGUUGUUAUGAAACGUUAAAUAAAUUGUCAAGUAUAUAUUCAACAACAUUAUAUCCUGAUGCAUGGGGUUGUCAAACAAUACAAGUAGUAUUGAAUGAUAAUGAUAAUACAAAAAUUAAUUCAAGUAAUCGUAAUAUUGUCAGUGAAUUAUCAAAUAUUGAUAUUGAUUUUCCAGAUAAUUUAACAUCAACAACAACAACAACUGGAAAUCAGCUGUUUUCAUUAACACUAAAAUUAUUAUCAUCAGAUUCAGUUAGUUUAGAUUUAUCAAUUCACAAACAUAUGUUAUUAUUUGCUGGUAAUUUAAUGUCUGGUAUUGUAUUAAAAAAUUUAAAGCACAUGGUUGAUCAACAAACAAAUGACACAGAUACAAAUACAAAUAAAAAAAUGUGGAAUUUAUUUAUUGAUACAGAAUUAAAUGCAAAUAUUGAAGCAUUAUUUAUUCAUAUUAUGAAAAUAAUAAAUAUAUUUGUUCAUGUUAUUGAUGAAAGACAAGUAACAACAAUAUCAACAAAUAAAAUUGGACUUAUGUCAUUACCAUUAGCAUCAUCAUUAUCACCACGUAAAAAAUUUCAAAAUACAAAAAAUAAUGAUGAUAAUAAUAAUCAAAAUGAACAAAAAAUAAAAGAUAAUAAUAAUAAAAUUGAAUUUAAAAAUCCAUUAAGUUCAUCGUCAUUUAAAAGUUCAUCAUUUAGUAAAGAUAUUAUUGGCUCAUUUAGUAAUUCAUCACAUUAUAUGAAAUUAUAUGAAAUAUUAAAAGCAGCAAAUUUAAAUUAUAAUUCAACAUUAGAUGCUGAUGCAAGUCAAAUGUAUCUUGGUUUAUUAAAUUCUAGUCUUGAAGUAUUAUCACAAAUAUUAGAAAUAUCAAGUACAUAUGAAGCUAGAAAAUUAGCUGAAGAAACAUUGCAUUAUCUUGAAACAACAUUAUCAUUAUCACCAACAAUAACAAUACAAUGUGUACGACAAUUAUUAAAAUCAUUAUUUAGUACAAAUUUAUGUGCACGUUGGGAUGAAUUAGAAGAAAUACGUAGUCCAGACAAUUCAAAUAAAUUAAAUAACAAUAAUAAUGAUGAUAUAAAAAAAGGUUUAUAUGAAUAUUGUUUUCAAAAACCAACAAAAUAUAUAACAACAAUGAUUAAAAAAAUUGGUAAUAAUUGUCGUCAUAAUGAAUAUGAUAGUACAUCAAUAAUAACAACAAAUCGUAUACGUCGUGAUUCUGAUCGUAAAAUAGCAAUUGCAUUUAGAUCAUUUGCACGUUCAAAUAAUCAAAAAGUAUUUUUUUCAUCAUUCAUAAGAAUAUUUGAAACAAUGGUUAUUAAAUCUUUAAAUCGUUAUACAACAACAAAUUCAGUUAAUAUACAAUGUCAAGUAUUAUUAUUAUUAUCACAAUUAGUAAAAUUUCAUGUUAAUUAUUGUCUUUUAGAUACAGAUAAAACAUUUAUUGAUUUUGUACUUGGACAAUUUCAAUUUAUUGAAGAAUCACAAAUACCAAAUGUCGAGUUAUUAUUACCAAAAAUAUUUUGUUUUUUAGUUAAUUUAUCAUAUGAAAAAUAUCAUACAAAGUUAAUAAUUGAUUUACCAGAAAUAAUUAAAUUAUGUGAUGGUUUAAUGGCAAGUGAACAACCAGCAUUAACACAUUGUAUACCAGCAUUAAUACCAGUUGUUGAAGAUAUAUUUUUAUCAAGAAAUAAAAUUAAGCCAUCUGAACGUCAAGAAUUAGAUACAACACGUGAAUAUUUAAUGUCAAUGUUAUUAAGACUUGUUGAACAUCAUUUAGUUAUUGAUUUAUUAUCACAAUGUUUAGCUGAAUCACGUCAUGAUGAUGAUGGUGAAGAAAAAUGGCGUAAAUGGUCAAGAAUGACACUUGAUUCAAUAAUACCAGCAUUAUCUGCUGGUAGAAUUAGAAUUGAAUAUGAAGAAGCAGCAAUAUCACUUAUUAAAUUAUUUUCAGUUUUAUCACCAAUGGUAUUACGUCCAGUUGAUCCAUUGUUAAAAAUUUUAUUCACUGUACCACCAACAUUGGAACAAUCAAGAGUUAAAUUAGAACGUUGGAUUGGAAUGAUAAAUAUUAUAUUAUUGUCAUUAAUAUCAUAUGCCAAAGAAGAUGUUAUGCUAUCAAGAUUAAAUGAAUUAUGUGUUUAUAUGACUGAGCUUGUACUGACACUUGAUUUACCACAUACAUUUACAAUAUAUGAUACAGCUGAUCCAUUAAAUGCAACAAAUUCUGAAUUAUCAACUUGUCGUUUAUCACCAGAACAAAUAUUAUCAAUAUUUUUAUUUAGAGUUAUUAAUCAUGUUGUUAAAAAAAUAACACAACUUUUACAUAAUAUUAAUUAUCGUGAAAAAUUAAAUAAAUUACAUCAUGAUAUUUAUCUUAUUAAAGAGUUAUCAUUUUUUUUACAGCUAUGUAUUUAUAUGUUUGAAUCUGGAAGUCAUUGUAAAAUUGCAAAUGCAACUAUUAAAAUGAUCAAUGAAAAUAGUGAAUUUAUACCAAUUGAAGAAUUAAAUAAUUUAAUGUUAAAAUUAGCUAAAAAAAAUUGUCCAAUAUUGUCUAUUCAAUGGAUAUAUUUAUUAACAUUAAUUGGUUAUAAUAAGCAAAAUUUUUGGUCAAAUAUUAUGAACAAUAAAACACAUAAUAAUAAUAACAAAGAAAAUAUUGAUGAAAAAAUUAUACGACAAUGUUCAAUGAUAUUAUUUUGUGAUCAUAUUUAUGAAAAUAUCAAUGAUACAGAAUCAUUAAUAUGUUUAUUGGAUAAUCAUGUUGAAGAGAUAAUAAAUUUAUCAAAUGAAUCACCAGUUCGUGAUUUAGUAACAGUUGCAAUUCAUCGUGAAUCAACGACAAGUCAACUGCUAAUAAAUGCAAUAACAAAAAAGUGUUUAACACAUCUAGAAAAACCAAUAUUUUUAAAAAAAUUACUACGAACAUUUGAAACAGCACAUGACAGUCAAAGUGGAGCUAUUAUAUUAAUUUUAAUUGAAAAAUUAAUUGACUCGUCUGAUUCAACAUUAACAAAAAUAGCAAAUAAAAUAAUAAUUAAAAAAAUUGAAUAUUUAUUAUCAUCAAAUCAUGAUAUUGUACUGCAACAAUUGACAAAAAAUAAUAUAAUAAAUAUAAUGAAAAUUUUAGAGUGUAAAAAAAUUGAAAAAAACAAUUUAAUAUUAAUUGGAAUGAUAAAUAAUUUAGCAGCAACAUUUUAUGAUUUAUCACCAAUUGAAUUACAAUAUUGUCGACCAUUUAAUCCUGUGACAAUAAAAAAUAUUGUAUUUGAUAAAAAUUGGUUUUUAUUAAAAAUUCAAGAAGCUUGUUGUGGUAGUAGCAUUGAAAUAAGUGAAACAGCAAAACUAUUAUCAUUUAUUGAUUUAACAAUUGAUGAUUGUGAUGAUAUAUUAAUGUCAAAUGAAUUUAAUUUAGACGUAUUAACUCAUUGUAUUAAAUUUGGAGCACGUUUAACAAUUGAAGAAAAUAUUAAAAAUACAUUAUUUAAAAAAAGUAAAAAUAUUCAAGCAGUUAAUGAUGAUGAUGAAAUAAAUUUAAAUUAUUUAUCAAAUAUAUUUAUAUCAUCAAAAAAAUGUUUAUCUUAUCAUGUUAAAAAUAUAAUUGAUUUAAUUCCACAACCUCAUGAUGUAUAUGAGCCAAUGAGAAAUAAUGAAAAUGAAAAUAAAUAUACAUUGGAAUUUAAAGAGUUAAUGGAAAAUAAAGUUUAUUGGAAAAAAUUAUUUUCAAUUAUUCCAGCUGUUACACAAUACAUCAAGACACUUGUUGAAUUUCAAGAUAAAGAUAUAAUAUAUAAUUAUGAAAAAUUAGAUGAUGAAUAUUUUGCAAAAUUUGCUGUAUUAUGUUUAGAAAUAAUUCACUGGAUGAUAUAUUCAGAAAAAAUAAGAACGAGAUAUAUAAAACAAUGUGAAUUAGAAUUAUGUUUAAAUUGUUCAACACAAAUACUUAAAAAUGAAAAUAUUUGUCAUGUAUUUGGUAAUGAUAAUAAUUAUAGUUUAGUUUGUUCAGCAGCAAAUACACUAACAAAAAUCAUUGAUUAUUGGUCAAAAAAUAAAAAUUAUAAUUAUUUAAAAAAUCCAAAAGAUGAAGAAGAACAAUCACGUGGUUUAAUUGGAGCAUUAGAAAAUGAAAAAACACAUAAUUAUGCACGUGCAUGUCUUCAAAUGUCAUCAUUAAUAUGUUGGAUAAAAAAUACAGAUGAAAUAUUUCAUAAUGAUAAUGAUGAUAUGCCAUAUUUUAUAAAAGAUCCAACAAAAGCAUUAAUAAUAAUAGUAAGUCGUCAAGAUUUAGUUAACUCAUUUGUUUUAACACCACCACUUAUUUGGAAACGUGGUUGGUCAAUUGAAGGAAGUGGUCCAACACUUUGUCAUUUUCCAAUUUUAUUAUCAACUGGAGAAAUAAAUUAUCUUCAAGAUCUUGAUAUUCUUGAACAAUUUAUUUAUAGAAUAACACUACUUGGAUGGACAUCAAGGCCACAGUUUGAAGAAAUUUGGAUGGUAUUACUUGCUGUAUUAAAUGAUUCAAUGGAAAAAAAUUUAAAUAAUUCACAGUCAAUAAUAUUUGCACUUGAUGGAAUAUCAAAAAUAUUAACUGGUACAUUAAUUUUACCACAACCUGGUAAUCCAGUUAAUAGUAUACCAAUGCAUAAUUGUCGUGAUCCACCAUUAUCAUUACAAAAAUCAUCAUGUAAAAAAUUAUAUACUGUACAAGAUUUAAUAUCAUGGAAAUAUGAAUGUUCCCGAGAAGAAAUAAUUAAAAAAUCAUAUGUUAAAAAUACAUCAAGUGAUUCAAUUUAUUUACAACAUUUAUUUACACGUGGUAAUAUGGAAAGAGACAAUAUAAUUCAUAGUUAUGAUAAAUUUUCAUACAGUCAACUAUCAGUAUUUUAUUUAUGGUCAUCAACAUCAUUACAUGAAGAUAAAUUAUCAGCAUCAGUUAUUAAAUUAAAAAAUAAACGUUUAAAGCUAUUAAAAAAAUAUACACUUGACUUGGAUUCAUGUAUAAAAUUUUUAAUUGAUUUAUUAACAAGAUGGAUGCAAACAAAUACAAAUAUAACAAUAAAAUUACUUGAAAAUGUUAUAAAAUGUGUUAUAUCAAUAUCUGAUUUGUUUAUUGAAAGAGGACAAUUUCAAUGGAUGUUUGAUACAUGCACAGAUUUACAACGUUAUCAUUCAUCUGAUGCUGAAAUAUUACAACAGUAUCUUAUAUUUGCUGUGUGUAAAUCAGCAGCAGUAUUAAUACCACUUGAUAGUCAAUCAUUAAAUAAAAUUAAAAAAGCUAUUGAUUGUGGUUUAAAGUCAAAUUAUUUACCAUGUAAAAUAUCAACAUUAAAUGGAAUAUUAUAUUUAUUACAAAGUGCUGUACAAACAAAUUAUGAAGAGACAAUAAAUGUUAUACAUCCAUUGAUAUUUAAAUAUAUACAAAAUAAUAUUGAUAUUGAUAAAAAACAGGCUAAACAACAACAAGGAAAUAUAUUAUCAAAAGAUAAUGAUGAACAUUAUAGAUUACUAUGGGCUAUUGUAUUUUUUUUACUUGAACAUACUGAAGAUAAUAUAUCAGAUUCAGAACCACCAGCUGUAUUAAAGCUAGCUUUAAAUUUAGUAACAAUUAAUGAUCAUUCAAUGACACUUUAUCGUACAAUAAUACAAGGUCUAGAAAGACUUGUUGCAACAAAAAGUGUUGCUGGAAAUAUAACUGAUCAAAUUAUUAGAAUAUCAUUGGAACGAAUUAAACAUCAAAAUUUAUUAAUAACAAUUCCUGCAUUGAGAUUAUUAAUAACUUGUAUGUAUACUGAAAGUGCUGAUAAUUUUAAUCAAAAUAAUAAUGAUGUUGAUAAAAUUCAUGGUGAUGAUGAUGAUGAAUUAUUGAAUGAUAUUGAUCCAGAAUUAUUUAUGAAAACAAUUGAAAGAACAUCAGUUAUAUUUGAUAGAAUUAAAAAAGGAAAUAAUUGUGAAGUUGAAAUAAUGUGUGCUGUAUUAUCAGUUAUAUUGGCUGAUUUUUUUCCACCAUUUGAAACAUUAACAAAAGUUAUUGGUGAAUUUUUAUCACCACAACAAACACAUCAAAGAUUAUUGAGUAGUGUUGUAUUUUCAGUAUGUGAACGCGUUGCUGGCAAUGCGAAACAAUUAACAUUAUUACAAGAUUGGGUUGUAUUUAGUCUACCAAAUUUUAUUCAAAGUCUACCACUUGCUACAUCAAUAUGGUGUUUAUCAUGUUUUUUUUUUGGUUCAUCUACUAAUAAAUGGCUCAGAGCAUUAUUUCCAUAUGUACAAUCGAGAAUUGGAAAAUACGAGUACGAGGAUAAAGAAUUAUUUUUUAUUGGAGCAUCAGAUUUUUAUAAACAGCUUUCAACUGAGGCACAGAGAAAAGCAUUUAUCGAAAGUUUUGAAGAAGCAGGAAAGGAGCCGGGUUCCUUAUUCCGUGACAUUGUUAAUGCAUUUUAAUUAUUGUCAUAUGACAACAAUUAAAUUUAAUAUUAAAUUGUGUGAAUUUUAAAUUAUUUUCUUUCUAUUUGUUUAAUAAAAUUUUGAUUAUAUUUAAGCUCAAUAAUAAAGACUAUUUUUUUUUCAAAUAGAAAAAUUAUUUAAUAAAUUAUUAAUAACAU